AUGAUAUUGAUCCAACCCCGUGUUCUUCUACUGCUGCUUCUCCUCGCCGGAGCAGCAGGAACCACUAUUUCUGCCGCCGACGAUGGUUUCUCCUUCCUGUUCGACGAUUCACAGCUUGAUGGUGUACGAGAGAUCCAGUCAGAUGGCCGAGUGGUUCACACCAACGACACCGAGAUGUUCGGUGUCGGUCACACCUUCUACUCUCGCCCUUUCCGGUUCAAAAACUCGACUACCGGCGACGCUUUCUCGUUCUCCACCUCUUUCGUUUUUGGAAUCAUACCGGAAAAUCCUCUUUUCACGUUCCACGGCAUGACUUUUGCGAUUGCUCCGUCGAAAGAAGUGAUUGAUGCAUCGUCUUCGCAGCAUCUCGGACUCUUUAACCGGACAAACGACGGAAACGCCUCAAAUCACGUCGUCGCCAUCGAACUCGACACUUUUAGAAACCUCGAACUUGGCGACAUGGACGGCAACCAUGUGGGUCUUGAUAUAAACAGUAUAGUAUCGGUUUUAGCUGCAACAGCAGGGUAUUACGAAAAUGGAGUUUUUCAAAACUUAACUCUUGCUAGUUCGCGAGAAAUACGAGCUUGGAUCGAUUACGAUGGUGUCAAGAAAACCAUAGACGUCACACUAGCUCCUCUUCCCCUCAAAAAACCUGAAAAACCUCUCGUAUCUUGGAAGAAAGAUCUAUCUCCUUUUUUACUCGAAGAAAUGUACGUUGGAUUCACUUCAGCGACUGGGGUUCUUCUUCAGAGGUUUUACGUCGUCGGUUGGAGUUUUCAGAUGAACGGCGAAGCUCAAGAAAUCGAUAUAUCGAAGGUCCCACGCUUAUCUCUCAAGAAAAAAUCAACUAAAAAGAAGACAAUGGGUUUAGCAAUUGGGUUAUCUUUAGGUGGAUUACUGGUUCUUUCAUUAAUUUCACUUGUGGCGUUCGUUUUGUUCCGAAGAAGAAAACGUAAAUUCGCAGAAGUUCUUGAAAGUUGGGAGGUUCAGUACGGACCUCACAGUUCGAAUCCCGAAUUCACUUUAACAUGGAAACAAAGGGUUAAAAUCAUUAUCGAUGUAGCCGAAGCUUUAGCUUAUUUGCAUGAAGAAUGGUGUGAAGUUAUAAUCCAUCGGGAUAUCAAAGCAAGCAAUGUGUUACUAGACGCCGAUUUGAACGGAAAAUUAGGCGAUUUUGGGCUCGCGAGAUUCGGCAACAACAAUGGAACCGAUGCAAAAACGACCCAUUUAGCUGGAACUUUAGGGUACAUAGCACCUGAAUUGGCCAGAAAAGGAAAAGCCACCACCGCAACCGACAUUUUUGCUUUCGGAGCGUUUUGUUUGGAGGUUGUCUGUGGGCGGCGACCGGUGGAGUUGCAGGGGCGGCAAGAGGCGGUGAUUUUGGUCGAUUACGUGUUGGAUUGUUGGUUUAAGGAGACACUCUCGCAAGCGGUUGACCCGAAACUGAAGGACGAUUUGGAUGUUGAGGAAAUGGAUUUGGUUUUGAAGGUGGGGUUGCUUUGUUCGCACUCCGUUCCGGCGGGUGAGGCCGAGCAUGUCGCAAGUUUUGAAAUUUCUUACCGGAAAAGAGCCAUUGCCGGCGGAUUUCGAUACUGUGUUGGAGAUAAGAGAUGA